AUGCUCGAGGAUGAGGCACACCGGGAUAUUGUCUGUUGGGGGCUUGAUGGCGACAGCUUCGUGGUCAAAGACCCCAAUGAGUUUUCCAAAUAUGUGCUUCCGCAGCACUUCAAGCACAAUAACUUUGCAAGCUUUGUUCGCCAGCUAAACAAGUACGACUUUCACAAGGUCAAGGUCACCGAAGAGAGCCGGCGGUACGGCGACGAGGCCUGGGAGUUCAAGCACCCGCGGUUCCAGCACAAUCGGCCCGACCUCCUAGAGAAGAUCAAGCGAAAGAUACCACCAAAGGCAAAGUCGCUUGGCGGUAUCUCUAACGGCAGACAUGCUGACGGCGAGUUCCGCGUGGUUGCAGAAGACUUGCAGAGUCAAAUUCAUUUGCUCACCCACGCCCACGCAGAGGUCACCAUGUACAUGCACCAGCUUGGCAAGCAGCAACAGAUCAUGUUUGACGAGCUUAACGGGCUCAAAAAGAACAUGCAGACACAGGAUCAGUUGAUGGAAGAGUUUGUCAGGUAUCUGGUCAACCAGGAUGCAGCCAACUGCAACAACCGGAGUAGCGAGCUUGGAUCAUCGGUGCCAAUCGCAAGCGCUGCUGCAGUGGCCGCGGCAGCGGCAUCAAGUUUGGGUGGUAUGCAUCCUAUGGGACACGCGCCAGGACUCGGAUCGGCACACGUAUUGGGCAAUGGCACCAACACUGGCGACUUGGGUUCCAUGAUUGCCAACGCCAACGGCAAUGCCAGCGCCAACGGCAACGGCAAUUGCGACGUUGCAAUUGCGGAUGAUAGCCCCAGCAGCAGCAACAGCAGCAGUGCCAGCAGUUCCGUUGACGCCCAGCAUCAACAAACGCUUGCCCAGCUGCAGGCCCACUCCCAGCUACAGACCCACCAGCAGCAGGCCCCGCCGCAACUCUGUGAGUUGCCGCACUGA